AUUUUUUUUGAAUCGCUUUUUCAUCUUAACUAUUAUCAAGAGUUUCUGGUAUCUAACUUAACCAAAGAUAAACCACCAAAGAAGAAGAAUAUAAUAAAAUGAGCACUUUCGAACCAGUUAUUGUUAUUGAUGGUAAGGGUCACCUUUUAGGUCGUCUUGCUUCCAUUGUUGCUAAACAAUUAUUAAAUGGUCAACAAAUUGUUGUUGUUCGUUGUGAAGCUUUAAACAUCUCUGGUGAAUUCUUCAGAAAUAAACUUAAAUACUAUGAUUAUUUAAGAAAGGGUACUAGAUUCAAUAAAACUCGUGGUCCUUUCCAUUUCAGGGCUCCCUCAAGAAUCUUCUACAAAGCUAUUCGUGGUAUGGUUGAACACAAAACUGCUAGGGGUAAAGCUGCUUUACAAAGAUUAAAGGUCUUUGAAGGUGUUCCACCUCCAUACGACAAAAAAAAGAGAGUCGUUGUCCCACAAGCUUUAAGAGUCUUAAGAUUAAAACCUGGUAGAAAAUAUACAACUGUUGGUAAAUUAAGUUCUGAAGUUGGUUGGAAAUAUGAAGAUGUUGUUUCUCGUCUUGAAGAAAAGAGAAAAGUUAGAUCUGCUGAAUAUUACGCUAAAAAGAAAGCCUUUGGUAAAAAAGUCAUUGCUGCAAAAGCUUCAUCUGCUGAAUCUACUGCUGCCAAAAAAUUAGCUGCUCUUGGUUAUUAAUUUUAUUAUAUAUUUCUAAAUUUUGUUUCAUUUCAAUAAUUUAAUUAUUUAAUAUCAAUAACUAAACCUAAUUUAAAUCAAAUUAAAAACUAUUUAAUUUCUAUUUGUGCUAUAUUACACUUGG